AUGGCAUUAUCAAUUCCAGAAGGUUUCGUUUUCAAGCCCACUGAUCAAAAACUUAUCACACUUUACUUAAAACCCAAAGCAAUGGGAUCUCCAUUGCCAUGCGAUAGAAUUCUUGAUCGAAAUCUAUACGGGGAGAAUGGUACACCAUGGAUUAUUUUUUCAAACAAUGAUCCGUGGGAAAUUGUUGGGGAGUCUGAAAUUGGUAUUGUGAAGAAGGAAAUAUAUGUGUUUACUAAGGUGAAAAGGAUAGAUAGAAGGCAUGUUAGGGUGGCCGGUUGUGGAACAUGGGCAGGAAAAUCUAAGCCGAAGGUUAUCCAGAAUUGCAAGGGCGAAGUCAUUGGUGUGAAGAAAUCAUUUACAUUCAAAGUGAGUGGCAAUUUGAAGCAAGACGAGCUAAUUAAGAAGAAUGGUCGUUAUAUAAUGCACGAAUACACCUUGGAAGGAAGUUCUUUGGAGGGAGUGGAUAACACGGAUUAUGCGGUUUGUCGAAUUUCAUGGGAUCUGCCAAAAUGCGGCGUCGAAGAAGAGAGUUGGCCGACUGAAAUGUCAGAUAUAGAUUUUUCAAUUUUAAUUGGAGAAAUGACUUGGAACCAAGCAUUGCACAAUCAGGAGCUGAACCCUGAAGCUGAUUCGAGUGGGCCGACGAAGAUUUCUGGUAAAGAAUCGAAAAUGUCUGAUAAAGAAUCUUCAAGUUUAAUAGAAGAAAUGAAUUGGAACCAACCAUUGCACAAUCAGGAGCUGAACUCUGAAGCUGAUUCGAGUUGGCCGCCUAAAAUGUUUGAUAACGAAUUUUCAAGUUUAAUUGAAGAAAUGAAUUCGAACCAAGAAUUUUACAAUCAGGGGCUGAUCUCAGAAGCUGAUUUGAUUUGGCAGACUGAAAUGUCUGAUAUGCCAAUUAUUGAAGGUCCAUUUUUUGGAUAA